AUGGAGGAGGAUGUGCGUCUUCCUUGUGGGGAGCGGCUCGAGCUUGUCCAGCCUGAUCCGAUCCAAACCCAACAACCCGAGCGAAACGGGCCAAAGAAGAAGCAUCCAGCUACUCCUGUUAGACAGACCACGACAGCGACAGCGACAACUCCAUUCGGCCGUUUGCCUCGGACAGUCAUUGAGUACAUUCUCUUUGUUGUUGAUGCAAGUGCUUUUGCAUCUCUGUCCCUCCUGAACCGAAAAUGGCGGCGCAUCUCCGACUCAUCUUUGCUCUACUCCCACCACUUAUCCCAAUGUCCCUCCUUUUCCCUAUCGCAAAAGGCUACCGCGGGUCCGGCACAGCCUGAUGAUCUGGCACUCCUUAAACAUACAUUCUUCUCGGAGAUAAGGCGCAAUGGGUUUGAUGUCUUUCUUCGACCUCACAGAACUCUAAUUAAACUCAUGUCGACUUCCAUGAGCUCAUCAACCGCGUUUCCACACGGCGAAGCAUUCCGUUUCUCCUUCUCGCAGAAUGCUCAACUCAUUCUUUGCAUCAGCUCGUCUAGGAUUGUUGUGCUCGAUGUUGCCUCGGACCUAGUUUCUGUCAGACACGAGCUCAAGACUUGGAGGCGACCGUUACAUGCGACCAUUUUGGAUGAUGGAUCACUCCUUGCGGUUGCCUCUUCCACCCACAGAGUUAAUAUAUAUAGCUUAUCAAAUGCACAAGCGAAGCUCGUCCAGAAUCUGAAGUUAAACGAUGUCCCCCGCGCUUUAACCCUCUCUCCUAACGGUGGGGUUCUAGCAAUUGCGUAUAAUGAUAUGGUUGAGGUAUACGCUAUCGGAGAAGGAUUACUCGCAACUGAGCGAAGGGCCGUACGUUGCGCUGGUGUCGAUUCGAUUUCGUUCUCCUCCGAUGGCGUGAUUCUGCUGGGUUCCUCUGCUAACUGUGAGACGGGCAGUUUGGUGACCAUAACUAUUCCGUUUUAUAGCGCGCAGGAGACUGAUUUCUCCGGCAAAGAGGUUCAAAUCCAGAUGUGGACAACUCAAAUCCUUUUCCCCGACAUCGUUCAGGGCUACAGUCAUGCUUGUUUGCUACCAUUACAUGCGGAGGGCGAGGGGAAUUGGAUUCUUGGCUUUGACAACCAGAUUGGAGCAUUCAGGGCUGUUGGGAUAAGUAAUGCAAACUCUGGUACCGCAUACUUUACGAGCCCAGUGUCCGAGGACGGGUUUUAUGAACAAGCCCCCAUGAUGCCAGCAACCUCCGACUACCAGGGUGAACUCAUUGCGCUGGGAUUUCAGAACUCUGGGCUUUGGGUGUAUGGGGUUCCCGAUCGACUGGAUAUUGCUCCUGUGGUGAGCAACACCGGGGACAUGCAGCCCCUAUCAAAUUCUAGUCGAAGUCAAGCAGCGACAAUGUCGGCUUUGGGGACGACCCUUGAUCGGCUACAGCGCGUGGUUACCCGACCAAAAAUUCUCAUUCAAGGCCACAAGAUGACGGACAUGCCAGGCAUUACUGCGGCCCGCUGGGUACGGCAGAGCCAUUCUAGGGCCAGUCAGCGGAGGUUGGCGGCCGUAGCUCCUGGAGGAGUGGACCCUUCCACCAUUGGUGAGGAAGAUGUUCCUGUUGACGGCGGCCGCGUCCUUCUUUUAGAUUUUGCCCGAUCAGCAAAGAACGGAGCCACAACAGAAAUCAACAUUGAGAUUGGAGAGGCAGAGCCUAUGAACCUCCCUGAACCAAGCUCUAGUUUAGACACGGAGGUUGAACUGGAAAGAAGGAGAACUCGAGUCAUUCGAGGACGUUCUACCGGUGUGACGUCGAGAGGAACCAGGGACUCGUACCCAGCUGCCAGUUCCAGCGCCCAUGCGCGUCCUCGUAGGAAUAGCGCUUACUUUUCCGCCACUUCAAGUGAACCUGGGGAGGCUGAUGUGUCUGCGUUUCCCGAAAGCCCCUACGAUAACACUCAACCACGAUCUCAAGAUACCCUACGGCGUGCUGCUACCGCGGCUGCAGCUAAUCGCAGGCGAGAAAGGCUGCGCGAGGAACCGCGCCGUGUAUUUGAUGGCCAGCCCCCUCCCACAAUGUUUCAGAUCCCCCAUGAAAGUGACGCGGAUAAUUGGGUCCCGCCACCUCCUCCUUAUUCUAGAGAAGCUGAUGCGCCUCUCCCAGAGUAUCUCAGAAGGACUUUGAUCCCUCAAGCACAAGCUCGCAGAACCGGAAAUGCCUCCGGGUCUGUCCGAAGAUCACUCUCUACCCGUAUAGAAAACAUGAUGGCAGACUCUUCAUCUCGCUCUUCCAUAUACCGACUGAACACGGUCACCGGUCCAAGAAUAGCCUCACGUAUGGGACGCCAUUUAGGAGAUUCUCCUGAAAAUUUUGAUAACCCGCGACGGCAAACCAGCUUCCUCGAAAGGAGAGACAACUCCACCACUCGUCAGCCCCAAACUCUUAGUGAUAUAAGCGAGCCGACUGUGCCUCUACCACAACCCCAACCUCCUGUAACCCCUCCCCUUAUGGUGCAAAAUAUCACCGAUCUACCAGUUGAACCGAACCCAGCAGUCCUUAUAUCGCCUUCUGCUCAAACGGGGUCACCUCCAAUCCAACAUAGCUGGCAACACCAUCUACCGUCGAUUCCUACAGCUCCUCUCAUUAUGGGUAACUACCUCUUUUCUGUAUCCUCACCUGACCUUCAGUCCGAAAAUACCCAACUGGUAGUUCCAGAGGCAAUGCGAAUUCCCCCAAUGCGCCAUGACUAUAUCCGACCAAUUGAUCGCCCUUCACAAUCUCAUGAUAUUAGGCCACCUGUGGCAACAAUGCCACCUCGCCAUCGUCGUGCUUCCACUGAUCCCACCCACUCUAGCUCGCAGUCUGUCACCACCGACCAGUGGCGGAGGCGGAUUGAGGAUUGGAAUGAGAGGACUAUCUAUGAGAGGAAUAAGCGGAGAAGUAAAUGCAUCAUAAUGUAG